AUGCAAAUGCAAAAUAUGGGAACUGAUGAUGGCAGAAGUGGGUUGCCGGAGAAUUACAACCGCCAUGAUCAUUACCACUCCGACACGGAGGUGAUCGGCGUUGACAGGGCGGCGUUCAGUGGUCCGUUAAGCGGACCGUUGAACAAAAGAGGUAACCGGAAAAGUGCUAGAUUUAAUAUUCCCGACGGAGCUCCGGGGAGUAGUAGCGGCAGUGUGAAGUCUAAUAACAAUGACGAUUACGUUGAAAUCACUUUGGACGUCCGUGACGACUCGGUGGCCGUACACAGCGUCAAGACCGCCGGCGGAGCUGACGUGGAGGAUCCGGAGCUGACGUUGCUGGCGAAAGGAUUGGAGAAGAGGUCGUCGUUUGGUUCGUCGGUGGUGCGAAAUGCUUCGGCGAGAAUCCGGCAGGUGUCGGAGGAGUUGAAGCGGUUGACGUCGUUCUCGAAACGACAACCGGCGAGUCGUUUAGACCGGACUAAGUCCGCCGCAGCUCAUGCGCUCAAAGGGCUGAAGUUUAUCAGUAAGACGGACGGCGGCGCGGCGUGGGCCGCGCUGGAGAAGCGGUUUGGUGAUCUCACUGCCACCACCAAUGGGUUACUUCCACGUUCACUUUUUGGGGAAUGCAUUGGGAUGAACAAAGAAUCCAAAGAGUUCGCCGGAGAGUUGUUUGAUGCACUUUCACGGAGGAGGAAUAUAACAGGUGACUCGAUUAACAAAGCACAAUUGAGGGAGUUUUGGGACCAAAUUGCUGAUCAGAGUUUUGAUUCAAGGCUACAGACUUUCUUUGACAUGGUUGAUAAAGAUGCAGAUGGUAGGAUCACAGAAGACGAAGUCAGAGAGAUUAUAAGUCUGAGUGCUUCAGCCAAUAAGUUAUCAAAUAUUCAGAAACAAGCAGAUGAAUACGCAGCAUUAAUCAUGGAAGAAUUAGACCCCGACAACCUUGGGUACAUCAUGAUUGAAAACUUGGAGAUGCUUUUGUUACAAGCUCCGACACAUAACGUGAGAGGAGAAAGCCGAAACCUGAGCCAAAUGUUGAGUCAAAAGCUGAAAACUACGCAACACGGGAAUCCCAUCCAGAGAUGGUAUGAAGAUUUCAAGUAUUUCUUGCAGGAUAAUUGGCAGAGAUGUUGGGUGAUUGUACUUUGGAUAGGGAUCAUGGCUGGUUUGUUUACUUGGAAGUAUAUUCAGUACAAAAAUCGAGCUGUGUACGAAGUAUUGGGGCCGUGUGUAUGUAUAGCGAAAGGAGCAGCAGAGACUCUCAAGUUAAACAUGGCUAUAAUUUUGUUGCCCGUUUGUCGGAACACCAUCACCUGGCUGAGGAACAAGACCAGGUUGAGUGUCGCGGUUCCAUUUGAUGACAACCUCAACUUCCACAAAGUGAUUGCAGUAGCAAUUUCUAUUGGAGUUGGGUUACAUGCCAUUUCCCAUUUAACAUGCGACUUUCCUCGACUAAUUCACGCAACCGAGGAAGAGUACGAGCCGAUGCAGCAGUUCUUCGGGGAUCAAGCCAAGAAUUACUGGCAUUUCGUGAAGGAAGUGGAAGGGUGGACAGGAAUUAUAAUGGUAGUCCUAAUGACGAUCGCUUUUACACUCGCAACCCCAUGGCUAAGACGAGGCAAGCUCAACCUACCGUCAUUCCUAAAGAAACUCACUGGAUUUAAUGCCUUCUGGUAUUCCCACCAUCUUUUUGUUAUCGUCUACGCGAUGCUCAUAGUUCACGGUAUCAAACUUUACCUCACCAAGGAAUGGUACAAGAAGACGACGUGGAUGUAUUUAACAGUUCCGGUCUUGCUCUAUGCGUGUGAGAGAUUAAUACGGGCGUUCAGAUCUAGUGUCAAGCCAGUCAAAAUACUUAAGGUGGCUGUUUAUCCUGGAAAUGUGUUGGCACUUCAUAUGUCAAAACCUCAAGGCUUCAAAUACAAGAGUGGGCAAUACAUGUUUGUCAACUGUGCUGCUGUCUCCCCAUUUGAAUGGCACCCAUUUUCCAUCACUUCUGCCCCUGGUGAUGACUACCUAAGUGUGCAUAUCCGAACUCUCGGUGAUUGGACUCGGCAACUAAAAACAGUCUUUUCAGAGGUAUGUCAGCCUCCGCGUAAUGGAAAAAGUGGACUCCUAAGAGCUGAUUGCCAAGGAGAAAACCCAAAUUUUCCAAGAGUUUUAAUCGACGGUCCAUAUGGAGCACCAGCACAAGACUACAAGAAAUACGACGUGGUGUUGCUAGUGGGGUUAGGAAUUGGAGCAACCCCUAUGAUCAGCAUUGUGAAAGACAUUGUCAAUAACAUGAAGGCCAAACAAGAGGAAGAUAAUGCCUUGGAAAAUGGCAGCACGGUGCAAAAGAAUAAAUCAGGACCACCAAGCGCGAAUAACUUUAGAACAACAAGAGCUUACUUCUAUUGGGUCACUAGGGAACAGGGUUCUUUUGACUGGUUUAAAGGUGUUAUGGAUGAGGCUGCAGAAAUGGACAAAAAUGGGGUCAUAGAGAUGCACAACUAUUGCACAAGUGUUUAUGAGGAAGGUGACGCUCGGUCUGCCCUAAUCACGAUGCUUCAGUCACUUAAUCAUGCGAAAAAUGGGGUUGAUGUUGUCUCGGGUACUCGUGUUAAGUCGCACUUUGCCAAACCCAACUGGCGCAACGUCUACAAACGCAUUGCUCUUAAUCACACGGGCUCUAGAAUAGGUGUAUUCUAUUGUGGAGCACCAGCACCAACAAAAGAGCUGAAACAACUAGCCUCCGAUUUCUCACACAAGACGUCAACCAAAUUUGACUUUCACAAAGAGAACUUCUGAGAACGCUUUCCUUUUUGCCCAUCCAAAGACCUCAAUAAACAAACCCUUCUAGAAUCAUAAAAUCCUACCCCUCCACCCUCUCUCCUCUGUACAGAGAUUUGAAAAUCAGAGCCGCUAAAGUCUAAGAUAAUGUUUAGUUUUGUAUUUUUUUUUUUUCUUCAUAUUUUUAAUAUAGUAUGAGAGCUGUAAAAGGAUAAUGGAAUGAGUAUAGCGACACCCAUGAUUGUUGUGGCUGCCAGCAAAGGUAGUGGGAUAAAAUUCAUAAAAAAGGAGGAAAAAUCCACCAUCAAGCCCUUUGGAGGAUUAAACAAAGAAAGAUGCUACAGUAAUGGCAUGGUGUCAUCCUUUCAUCAUGGUGGUUGGGUUGGCAAAUUAAGUAGAUAUUGUUUCUUUAAAUUUAAUUUUUUGUUGUUAAGAAAUGUGUAUGAUGUAUUAGGUCGUGGGUGGCGGGAAAUAAAAGAAAUACCAACUAGUUUCCUAAUUAUUGAAUCAAGAUGUAAAUAUUUCUUUGAAUUUUGAAAUCCAGUAAUAAUGAAUAUCGUUGCCACU